CCCUCUCACUCUCACACACGGGCAACAGCAUUGUGGGUCUGGAACAGAGGAAUAGGGAUUAACUUAACAUUGGUCUGUCACAUCACGUCUUUCCUGUUGGAAGGUUAGAAGAUGGCUGUGAAUAAAUGUAUCAAGUACUUGCUCUUCCUCUUCAAUCUACUGUUCUGGAUCAGUGGCUGCGUCAUUCUUGGUGUGUCCAUCUACCUCAAAGUGAGCAAGAAUGGAAACGUGAUAAUGGAUGAGGCCGUGCCGUUUGUAGACCUACUGAUAGCUGUUGGUGUCAUCAUCAUGGUACUGGGCUUCCUGGGCUGCUGUGGAGCCAUUAAGGAAAACCGCUGCAUGCUCAUUCUGUUCUUCGUCGGGCUGCUCCUCAUCUUCAUCCUCCUGUUGAUCGCCGGAAUCCUGGGAGCUGUCGGAGAGAAGACGUCUCAGGUGUGGGUGAAGGAGAGUCUGGCGAAGCUGCUACCACUGAAGGACCAGAAGCCUGAAAUUCAAACGGACCUGCAAAAACUGGAAGUGGAGGCAAAGUGCUGUGGACUGAUCAACGGACCCUCUGACUGGGGCUCCUCUGUCCCCAGCUCUUGUGACUGCGUUGACACCGCUCAGGUGUGCCAAAGUGCAGGCGGACGCAAAGUGUACUCAACGCCUUGUGUCAAGUUUAUGACUUCCUUCAUGGAGAAGAACGCAAUCAUCGCCCUGGGGAUUGCAUUUGGUAUCGCAGUCUUGAUGCUCUUUGGAAUGGCUUUCGCCAUGACCCUGUACUGCCAGAUUGGGAAGAGGGAUGCCAACACUACCUAAUACAGCAACACGUGAUACACUUGAUCUAAGGUUGUGGUCAAGUUGAAUUGGAAGUCAUCAAUUCAGGAAGUCAACUGAAA